AUGCUCUCUGAUAUCUCUGUAAUCCUCUCCCAGCGGCAGGAGAUGGACGGCCCCCGGGAACAGAGGCUGUGUGGGAAAUGGCCUCUCGGUGACAACAUGAGGGAUAUGUUUACAUGGCGGCUGCUGCGGACCAUAGUGAUGGGGCAGGUGCUGUCGCUCCUGAUCUGUGGCACUGCAGUCAGCUGUCAGUAUCUGGCUGAUGCGAAGGUGGACACGCCGAUGCUGCAGAGCUUCCUCAACUACACCCUGCUCCUGCUAGCCUACAGCAGCGUCCUCAGCACACGAAAAGGAGAGAAAAACCUGCUGCAGGUGUUCAAGUCUAACUGGUGGAAGUACGUGGUGAUGGGAGUGGCCGACGUGGAGGCCAACUACACCGUGGUCAAAGCCUACCAGUUCACCACACUGACCAGUAUCCAGCUGCUGGACUGCUUCGUGAUCCCCGUCCUCAUGCUACUCUCCUGGUUCUUCCUGAAGACCCGCUACAGACCGGUGCACCUGGCUGCGGUGGUGGUGUGUCUGCUGGGGGUGGGGGCCAUGGUGGGGGCCGACAUCCUGGCAGGAAGAGACCAAGGAUCAACGGAGGCCGUGGUGCUCGGGGACGUUCUGGUCCUCCUCAGUGCGCUGCUGUAUGCGGUGUCUAAUGUGUGCCAGGAGGACACGGUGAAGAGGCUGAGCAGGGUGGAGUUCCUGGGCAUGAUGGGGCUGGUGGGGACCCUCAUCAGCGGAGUCCAGCUGGCUGUUCUGGAGACCAGGGCCGUGGCGGCGGUCAGCUGGGACGUGCACAUCGCAGUGAAGCAGGAGGUGAUGGAGGUGAAGCAGGAGGUGAUGGAGGUGAAGCAGGACGUGAAGCUGGAGAAAUUAUGA